AUGAAGCUCCAUCUGCCGCUCUAUCUGCCGGAUCGUGCCGCGUUGCGUACGCAGGUCAAUCGUCAUGGAGGUAUCGAGGAGCGAGUUGCUAAGAGCGACGUCAUCAUCAUCGACACCGAAACACCUCUGAACAGUUCCAAGUCUCGCGAGCUAUUUCGGCAAGCCAGAGGACUCCCUCGGCCCUUGCCUUGCGUAGCUGUGGCCUGGAUCACAGACUCCAUCAGGGCAGGCGUUGCGCAGAAUGUGAGAAACGCAGUGUAUGACCCGAUACACCUCCUGGAGGAACUGGACAAGAAGGAAGAAAGAAAGAGGCGUGUUCAAGAGGUCAAUGAUCUUCGGCAGGCUGCCAUGAUGAGAAGUGAAGUGCUGAGAAAUCCUGGAGCAGCAGACCUGCACGAGGUCGUCAGGCUACCUGGUAAGAACAUGUACAACACUCUCGAUCAGCACAACAUCGUGGAGCAUCUCGCUGUUACGAAGCAGAGGUGGGCAGGAAGUAAGGUCUCCGAGGAGCUUGUAGCCAAGUACGGCCGACAUACACGGUACUCUUACCAAUCGUACCUACGCGAUAAUCUCGAGAAGGGUGCUCUACUGCGACUCCGAGCUGAGGAGUACAUGCGGACGGGUGAAAAUCCGAUCAAGAUUACACCUCGUCUCCGGAUGGUCGGUGGCAGUGGUCACCAUGUGGGGGAUUCGCAUUCCAAUGCAGCUCCACCUCCCAGGCAGACCGUAGCCGUUCGUGAACACAAUGGUCAGGACGAUGGCGGCUUUGAGGACGACAACGAGGGCGAGGAAGAAGAUGAUCCGAUCAUGAACAGCUCGGGCGAGCCGUCUGGACGCACGCAAAGACCUCCGGGUACCAUAAAUUCAGACUCUUCAGCAAGCAACGGUAGGCUGAACCACUUGGGCGCUUUUGCCCCUCGAGGCAACCUCAGAGGCUAUCGGCCGCACGGCACGAUCAGUCACCUCGACGAGGAGAUGCAGCGGCGCAGAGAGGAGGCAGAACAGGAACUCCAAGCGGAGGAAGAAGCUAGGCUUGCAGAGGUCCAGGAACGUGAGGAGAGCAGGCCUGCUGAUGCCUCCGAGGACGAGGAUGAGGAGGCACAAUCCCAGGCUCAAGACGAAGAAGGCUCAGAGAACCAACAGGAGCACGAAGAUCCUGGUGCUGCCGAUGAAGCAGAAGAGUCUCGCUUUUCGCCUUCAGACAAGCAUCUUUUGGCCAUGAUGGUUAUGAACGUGCUCAAGAGAGCCAUUCACGAAGGGACACUCUCCGAAGAUGACAUCGAUGGCGAGGGUGACGCAGCGCUCGGAUAUCUCGAGAGCCGUGCGACGAUGGAGAAAGGCCAACGCCUCUGGCACACCAUCGAAACGAAGCAUCCACAUCACUCUGCCGACCAGUGGGCUGAUCACUACUGGAGAUGGAUCGGACGAUACAUCGAAGCCGCCAAAAUAAUCAUGUUGGAGGGGCUGGAAGACGUCGCUACUCAGCAGCUGCAAGCUACUCAGGAUCCCGCAGGCGACAACGCUGGCGGCGAGAGCCAGGCAGUGACGGAAGAUGAGGUUUCUGCAGCCGCACAAGAGGAGAAUGCCAUAGUGGGAAGCAACGGCCUGGGGGACAGCCAUCAACAGCAUGAUACAGGCAAUCUAGUGACAGCAUCGCUUAAUCAGGCCGCGUCAGGGCUUCAAGGCCUACUCCAGGAAGCUCUCGACGACUAUCUGGAAGAGGAGGAGCUAGACGAGCUCGAACGCUCUCGCAUAGAGACAGAUGCUGGAGAAGUGUCUGCUCUGGUCGAGACUGAGAUUCCAGAGGUUGGCCCUGAUGCUCAGCAUGAAGCUGUCGACCUUGCAGUCGAGACUGACGGCGAACGCGAGCUGUCUGGUUCUCAGCUGCUGCAUACAGCAGACGAAGAUCAGCGCGCUAGACACCAUGACGCCAAGGUCAACAUGAGAGCGCAUUUGUAUGGCAGGGAGGCAGAAGCGGAGCAACAAUACGAAGACGAUGACGGGCGGCUCUCGCCCACUGAGGAAGCUUUAGCUCUUGCAGAAGGGCAAGUCUCUCGGGAUUCUGCUCAGCAGAUCAGGACGCCAUCCGGCAACAAGCGUCGGCGAGAUGACUCUGAGGAGAUCGUGGAAGCGCCACGCCAGCGUCGCAUAUCAUCCAAUGCCGCCAUUCGAGCCGCCGAGGCAGCCGCCCAUCCGACGAGUGCCGCGGCCGAAACCGCGGCGGUGACUCCGGCUCGCGUUGAUCGCAGCCAUGCUUCAUCAUCCGGCAUCCCUACGGUUGGCAGUCAUGCCAAGAUCAAAUACCUCGACCUAUCCAAGGACGAAGUAGACCUUGAGCAAGGGGAGACAGAGAGUGUUGAGGAUGGCAGCGAUGUAUCCCAGAGCCAGAUCAUGCAGCCUAGACAGUCAAGUGUGGCUCAAGGCAAGCGACGUCAAACAGAGGAACGACCGCGUGGCAUUCUCCGUGUGCAGGACAGCCGCUCGCGCAGGAUUCACUCUACGCCUCUGGCCGAACAGCCGUCCCGAAGGCCAGUGGAAGUCUACGAGGAUACAGCUCCUGGAAGACCAUCUUCUUCUCGCCAAAUUCGACGUCCCUCGUCCAGAGAGUACGCCUCGCCCUCUGCAGACGACUCUCGCCUGAGCCUUAGUCGCGGCUCUGCCUCCCGCUCCCGUUCCGGGGGACUCGAAAAGGAAGCGGCCAAGCUGGCUCUCCAGCAAAAGUGUAUUCGCUUGGCGAGUAAAUACGGUUUCUCCUCCACGAGGCAGGUCUACCCCUUCGUUUCUGCCGCCGGACUGGACACGGUCAAGGGUGAAGCGCUAAUCGUGCGGCGCUUCGAUGUCCUUGCGGAAGAGUAUGGCGUGCAGAGGGAUCUUGUCAUCGAGUAUGUGCGCGAGGCGGAUGGGUCUGUGGAGCAGGCGGAAAAAUUCUUGCGGCUGGCAGAGAUGAGUAGGAGUAGGGCUAGCGCCAGCGCGAGUGGAAGUGCCGGUCGUGGUACUGGUAGGGUGGCGGACAGGAGUGCACGACGAAGUGGCGCUGGUGGUGGUGGUGGUGGUGGUCAGGGGCGACGACGUGCAGAGCGAGAGGUAGAGGAGGAGGCUUCGUACAGUGAAGAGGACGACAGGCUUGUUAUGGGAGAAGAGGAGGAAGAACCGAAGCAGGAGGAGGUCGAAGAGCAGCCCCCGAUGAAGCGUCUCAGGCGCAGAUUUUGA